CGAGUUGCAGACCUGGAGCAAGAAAAUGCGCUCUUGAAAGACGAGAAGGAACGGCUUAACAACCAAAUCCUGUGCCACCCUAAAGAUGAAUUUCCCCAGAACUCCGACAAGGAAAACCUGAUGAAGAAGGAGCUGGAGGAGGAACGCUCCCGGUACCAGAACCUCGUGAAGGAAUAUUCCCGGCUGGAGCAGAGAUAUGACAACCUUCGGGACGAGAUGACCAUCAUAAAGCAAACCCCAGGCCACAGGCGGAACCCAUCAAACCAGAGUAGCUUAGAAUCUGACUCUAAUUACCCCUCCAUCUCGACAUCUGAGGUCGGAGACACAGAAGAUGCCCUCCAACAGGUUGAGGAAAUUGGCCUGGAGAAGGCGGCCAUGGACAUGACAGUCUUCCUGAAGCUGCAGAAGAGGGUGAGAGAGCUUGAGCAGGAGAGGAAGAAACUGCAGGUGCAACUGGAGAAGAAAGAACAGCAGGACGGCAAGAAAAUCCCGGCGGAGCAGCCAAGUAGUGACUUAGAUUUGGACCAGGAUGCAGAUCUAGCCUACAAUAGUCUGAAGAGGCAGGAGCUGGAGUCGGAGAACAAGAAGCUGAAGAAUGAGCUGAACGAGCUGAGGAAAGCCGUGGCCGACCAAGCCUCAGAGCACAGCGCCGCCCACGGCACCCCUGACAGCUACUGCCUCCUGCUGAACCAGCUCAAGCUGGCCCACGAGGAGCUGGAGGUGCGCAAGGAGGAGGUGCUCAUCCUGAGGACCCAGAUCGUGAGCACCGACCGGCGCCGCCUGGCUGGCAAGGGCUCGGAGCCAAGCAUCAAUGCCAGAACAAGCUGGCCUAACAGCGAGAAGCACGUGGAUCGGGAAGACGCUAUCGAGGCCUAUCAUGGGGUCUGCCAGACGAACAGCAAGACUGAGGAUUGGGGAUACUUGAAUGAAGAUGGAGAGCUCGGCUUGGCCUACCAAGGCCUAAAGCAAGUUGCCAGGUCAAAUGCGUGUCUUUCUUCCUGUGUCUGCUCUGUUCUGUCCGCUUGUGUCUAUGCUUAAUUGUUUUUCAGCUGGAGUGGAUGCAAGGGCACAGUUCGCGGGGGUGAGACGGGGGGCGGGUGUUGGUGGGCAGCCCCUUGCAUCGUCGUCUGCCACUUUGUGUGAAGGCUGCUUGUUUGGGUCAAGGUGGUAGCGCUAGAUGGCUCACUGGGACCUUAGGGACCACCGGCUGCAGCUCACUCACUCUGCAGGUGAAGGAAUAGACCAGAGGGAGUUAACGUGGCAGCAGGCGCACAGCCCUCCAGGACGAGGGGAAUUUAAUUCUGUGGGUUUCUGAGUCUGUGCUGCUCCCAAACCACAUAUUGACCAUCCUGACUGCAGGAUCAGCCAAGAGUGUCGGCAGCAUUUGUGCUGCUGGCCGUGCUCCGAGCACAGGGGUCCUGGCAGCCUGCCCUCCAGCACGUGUGCCAGUCGCCACUGCAGUGACUGCCUGGGCCUCAUAAGAGCUGACCAGCCCCGCGCCCAGUGUGCUCCAGGGUUGCCAUGUCUGACCCUCACCGCACGCUCAUGGGGCAAGGACACUGGGGCUUGCAGGGUGUGAGGAACUUGCUGCUUGAGCAGAAGAUCCACAAUGUGAACCUGGUUCCAUUUGCUUCUGGAGCCUGAAUCCGUAACCCUUUUGGCCAUCAGCCCUGGGUGAUCAGCUUAGCAAAGGAAGUUAGACGUGCACAGAAUUAACACAACCUGACGCACGUUUCCUGCCAGCGCGUGGCUUUUCAGGGCUGUGGCAUAGCUUCGUGCACUUGAGAUUCCCAACAAUAGGCUUUUUCCCAGAAGAGGAAACAGGCUGGGCGAGGUGGCGUGAGGGCUGUGCCCAGCACCCUCGGCCUGAUGCUGGCGGGCUGGAGCGGGAGUCCAGUGCCUCUCGCAUCGUCUCCCGAGUUCUGCCUGCUGAUGAUGUCGUGGAGGUCCAGUUACAGUGUCAAGAGCCUGUCUUCUUGGCAGAAGAAAGUUGAGGUCAGCGGGUUCUC